AUGUCUAGUACGCACACAAAUGACUCCCUUAACUCAUCUAACUACGUGGACAAACUGAAGGAUACCCACUUCGUGUUUGAAAAUGAUAAAUUACCCUCUGAGAUCCCAGAUGUUGAGGAAGUUGGAGCCACCACAGCUCCUCUGUUAAGUGCAGCAUAUUUCAUCGGGGCCAAGUGCCAGGACUACAAUGACGACUUCAUGUUGUGUCAGAAGGAGGCCAAGGGCAACGGGCCUAUUGACUGUUUGAAGGAAGGUCGUCGUGUAACCAGAUGUGCCUCAGGCGUCUUGAAAGACUUGAAUACCCACUGCUCUGACGAGUUCAGAUUGCAUUGGCAAUGUCUGUCAUUUUCUAACCUGGAGUACAAGAAUUGUAGAAAGGCCGAGUCAUUGUUAAAUAAAUGUGUGUUUGAAAAGAUGAACCUUGUGAAGAAAAUUCCGGGGAUCCCUGAAGACCGCCAAAUUCAUCUCAAACAAAACCCAGUAUUGAAGCCUGUUGCAUUACAUCAAGAUUCUGAAGUGGCCUUCAAAAAAGCCCAGAACGAAAACAGUAUUUAG